AUGGCCACAGUGACGAGCAGCGACGUGCUGGUGAUGCCUCCCUUGCCGGAGGACAUGCCAGCUGAUGAUGUCUGCAAGACAGUCGACAGCCUCUCCGACCUGAUUCGUGUGGAGAUUCAGACGGUCGGCAAGUGGUUUGAGCAGUACAGCCACCGCCGCCUGCUCAGCGUCCCCUUUGCCCCCACGGCUGACGAUGAUGGCGGCAAGAGCAAGAACGACAGCGACGAUGACAACUCGGAUGAUGGCAACGAUGACGGCUCCUCCGCAGAUACCUACGUCAACAUCCUCGGCGAGUGGAAGGACCAAGACCACUACGCGCUUCUCGGCCUGCAAGACAAGCGGUGGCAGGCCACCCAGGACGACAUCAAGCGCGCAUACCGCAAGAUGGUGCUGAAGCACCACCCCGACAAGAAGGGCGACCUGCCGCCGGCGGAGAUGAAGAAGGCCGACGAGUACUUCAGCCGCAUCCAAAAGGCAUACGAGCUGCUGUGCAACGAGCAGAUGCGGCGGCUGUACGAUUCCGUCGACGACUUUGACGAUGACAUCCCCGACAUUCUCCCGCCAAAGGAGCGCAAGGACUUUAUCGAGGUGUUUGCGCCCGUCUUUGAGCACAACGCCAAGUUUGUUGUGGAGAAGCCCGUGCCCUCGCUCGGCACCAUGGACACGCCCUACAAGAAGGUGGUCGCCUUUUACGAGUUUUGGAACACGUGCACCUCCUGGCGCGAGUUUGGCUACAAUGACGACGAGUACAACUUGGAUGACGCCGAGUGCCGUGAGGAGAAGCGCUGGAUGGAGCGCCAGAACAAGAACGCUCGCAAGCGCAAGAAGAAGGCUGAGAUUGCUCGUCUCCGCAAGCUUGUGAGCAACGCCCAGGCAUGCGACCCACGCAUCAAGAGGGAGCUUGCCCGCCAGCGGAAGGAGAAGGAGGAUGCAAAGCGCCUUCGUGAAGAGCGCAAGAAGCAAGCGGCUGAGGAGCGGCGGCAGAAGCGCCUGGAGGAGGAGGAACAGCGCAAGAAGGAAAAGGAGGAAGCUCGCGCAAACGAGAAGAAGGCAAAGGAGCAAGCAAAGAAGCUGCGCCGCGCCAUCACAAAGGCGUGCAAGCGCGCAGGCAUCUACGACCCCGAGAACCCCUCUGUGACGCCCAAAGUCGGCGGCAAGCGCGUAGUGACGGGCGCCGAGAUGGAGACCCUGAAGUCGCUUGAGGCAGACGAGAUCAAGGCGCUGACGAGCAUCUCUGAGGACGCCGCAUUCAAGAAGGCCGUGUUUGCGCAGCUGCAGAAGCUGAACGGCGGUGAAGGCGACGAUGAUGACGACGACGAGCAGGAGCAGGAACAGGAAGAGGAGGAGGGCCCCAAGCCGUGGUCUGACGACGAGCAGAAAGUGCUCGAGACGGCCAUCCGCUCCGUGCCAAAGUCGGACCCAGACCGCUGGGAUAAGAUUGCCGAGCUUGUUCCCGGCCGCACGAAGAAGGAGUGCGUCGAACGCAUCAAGGAGUGCAUGGCCAAAGUCAAGCAGGCAAAGAGCGAGCCGCCCGCCCAGUGGACGGAGGAGGAGGAGGUCGUCCUUACAAAGGCGGCCAGCAAAGUCUACCCGCCAGGCACUACCACGCAUUGCUGA